CCCUCCUCUUCCUGUCACUCUCUGGGCUCCGCCCCGCGAGCUCAGUUUCCAGGAGGGGCUGUUUUCCUGCCGGCAACAGUAUUUGACGGUUAGAUGCCGUCAGAGGAAUGACUGAGGACGAGGCAUCUACGUUUAGAAGGUGAAAAGUCAGAAGACUGCAAGAGUAUUGUGCCUCCUCAUACUGGUGGUCUGUAGCCAGACAAUUCCUAUUUCCCCUGACAGGAGUUUCUAACAGUUCCAUGUCUCUUUGAUCAAAUUCCAAGAAGAUAAGUUUUCAUUUUCUCAAAGAGAAGGCAAGAAAAUUGUAGCCAGUGGUAUAUACCAUCAUGGAGACUGAGAGCCAUAACAACCCUCAGGAAAGACCCACACCCUCUAAUAAUGGGAAGGCUUCAAUGGAAGACAAUCAUUCGUUGAUUAAAGCUGUUAAAGAUGAAGACAUUGAGUUGGUCCAGCAAUUGCUAGAAAGAGGGGCUGAUGUCAAUUUCCAGGAAGAAUGGGGCUGGUCACCUUUGCAUAAUGCAGUACAAGUUGAUAGAGAAGACAUUGUGGAUCUUCUGCUUAGUCAUGGUGCUGAGCCUUGUCUGCGGAAGAAGAAUGGGGCCACUCCCUUCAUCAUUGCUGGGAUUGUGGGAAACGUGAAGUUGCUCAAACUAUUACUUCCUAAAGUAACAGAUGUCAAUGAGUGCGAUGUUAAUGGCUUCACAGCUUUCAUGGAAGCUGCUGUGUAUGGCAAAGUCGAAGCCUUAAGGUUCCUGUAUAACAACGGAGCAGAGGUGAAUUUGCACAGAAAGACAGUGGAGGAUCAAGAGAGGGUCAAGAAAGGAGGGGCCACUGCUCUCAUGGAUGCUGCUAGAAGAGGGCAUGUAGAUGUCGUAGAGAUCCUCCUUCAUGAGAUGGGGGCAGAUGUCAAUGCCCGGGACAAUAGGGGCAGAAAUGCUUUGAUCUAUGCUCUUCUGAACUCUGAUGAUGAGAAGGUGAAAGCCAUUACUCGCCUUCUGCUGGACUAUAAGGUUGAUGUCAAUGUGAGGGGGGAAGGAAGGAAGACGCCGCUGAUCUUGGCAGUGGAAAAGAAGAACCUGGAUCUGGUGCAGAUGCUUCUGGAACAAACAGCUAUAGAGAUUAAUGACACAGACAGCGAGGGUAAAACAGCACUGCUGCUUGCUGUCGAGCUCAAGCUGAAGGAAAUUGCCCAGUUGCUGUGUCGCAAAGGAGCCAGCACAAAAUGCGGGGACCUCGUUGCAAUAGCGAAGCGCAAUUAUGACCCUGACCUUGCAAAGUUCCUUCGCCAGCAUGGAGCCGUAGAAGACGUUUGCCCUCCUGCUAAAGCCUGGAAGCCUCAGAGCUCACGUUGGGGGGAGGCCCUGAAACAUCUUCACAGGAUAUACCGCCCUAUGAUAGGCAAACUCAAGAUCUUUAUUGAUGAAGAAUAUAAAAUUGCUGACACUUCCCAAGGGGGCAUCUACCUGGGGUUAUAUGAGGAACAAGAGGUAGAUGUGAAGCGGUUCCCUAAAGGCAGCACACGGGGACAAAAUGAAGUCUCUUGUUUGCAGAGCAGCCGAGCCAACAGUCACGUGGUGACAUUCUAUGGCAGUGAGAGCGACGGGGCCUGUCUGUAUGUGUGCCUUGCCCUGUGUGAGCACACGCUGGAGAAGCACUUGGCCGACCGCAGAGGAGAGGCUGUGCAAAACAAGGAAGAUGAAUUUGCCCGCAACAUCCUCUCAUCUCUGUUUAAGGCUGUUGAGGAACUACACCUGUCUGGAUACACUCAUCAGGAUCUGCAACCGCAGAACAUCUUAAUAGAUUCCAAGAAUGGUGCUUGCCUGGCAGAUUUUGAUCAAAGCAUCAAGUGGACUGGAGAUCCACAGGAAAUCAAGAGAGAUCUAGAGGCCCUGGGAUUGCUGGUCCUGUAUGUGGUAAACAAGGGAAGCAUUUCUUUUGAGAUGCUGAAGGAUCUAAGAACUGAAGAGUUGAUUGAGCGUUCUCCAGAUGAGGAAACUCGGGACCUCAUUCAGCAUCUGUUAGUCCCUGGGGACAAUGUGAAGGGCUAUCUGAAUGGCCUGCUGGCUCAUCCCUUCUUUUGGAGUUGGGAGAGCCGCUACCGGACCCUCCGGGAUGUGGGAAACGAAUCUGACGUGAAAACACGAAAUACUAAUGGCAAGAUCCUCCAGCUUCUGCAACCUGAAACAUCUGAACUUCCAAGUUUUUCCCAGUGGACAAAAAAGGUUGACAAAUCUGUGAUGGAAAAAAUGAAUGUGUUUUAUAAAAAAGGGAAUACCUAUCAGAACACUGUAGGUGACCUGCUGAAGUUCAUCCGGAAUUUGGGAGAGCACAUUAAUGAACAAAAGAAUAUAGAGAUGAAGUCAAAAAUUGGAGAGCCUUCCCAGUAUUUUCAGGAGAAAUUUCCAGAUCUGGUCAUGUAUGUCUAUAAGAGACUACAGAACACAGAAUAUGCAAAGCAUUUUCCAAAAAAUCUCAACCUGAACAAAGCCGACGUGUGAUGGAAUUGGUGGUGGUGAGCAGGCUGGCCAGCCCUAGUGCCUUUUGAAUUCAGGGAGGUACAAUUUUGCUGUGUAAGUCAUAACUCUCUGGGCCUCUUGAUUUUUUAUUUUUAUUUUUUGGCCAUGCCAUGCAGCACGUGGGAUCUUGUUUCCCCCACCAGGGACUGAACCUGGGCCCUCUGCAAUGGAAGUGUGGAGUCCCAGCCGCUGGACCACCAGGGAAUUCCCUGGGCCUCUUGACUAACCUGGUUGCUUGUGAGUGAUGAAUUGGAUAGCCGAUGUGUCAGUUCCUGGUGCGGUGCUCCACAUUCUCCACAUUCACGACAACAAAAAGCCUAUGCUCAAACUACUUUGGUCCUUAGUAAAGCUUAGUGGCAGGAGCUGAGAGGGCAUCCUGCUGAGAUGGCAUCCUCUUGCCAAUUGCACCGAAGGAGUGAGUUCCUGGACCCCUAAUGCUUUAUUUUUACAUCAAUUAUCUCAUGUAAUUCUUCCAACGACCUUGCAAGAUAGGAUUAAUGUCCCCAUUUAGGAACUGAAGAGCCCGACAGACUCAGGGAGUUUGAACAACUUGACCCAGCUUAUAUAGCCUGCACAGAGUGCCAUAUAAACGGAUGUGGAGUUAUUGUUAACUCUCACUCGGUCACCUUAGAACGUAAUGACUAGCUCAGAGCUCUUCUGCAUGAGACCCAAAAAAAAUAGGUCAAAGGGACUCUAAGUGGUUCAUUCGUUCCAUUCAUUCAUUCAUUAAUAUUUGUUGAGCACUAACUAGUAUGUCUAAGCACCAAUUAUAAGAACCACGUUCCUUCUAGAAUCACCUGUGCUGGUUUCCUAUGGCCUAAGGCAGUAUUUUUGAACUGUUGACAUAUUUUUGAACUGUUGACAAUCUUGCCCUUCAGGGGCCAUUUGGCAGUUAAAAUGGCUGUCCGAGCAGAGGGUAGGGGGUGGUACUGGCGUUCUAGUAGAUAGAUGUCAGGGAUGCUGCUGAAUGCUCUAUGAUAUGCGCAGGACAGCACCCGCCAAACAGAAUGAUCCAGCCUAAAAUAUCAGUGGCUCUGAGGAUGAGAAACUCUGCCUUAAGAGGCCGUGACACCUCUGAGCUGGCUGGGAGCCCAGGACUGUGGAGUGUGUGGCCCACCUCACAAAGGAGUGACCAGAGUUUGAUGUCUUGCUUUAGGAUCUGUAAUGAGACAGCACCUCCCCAGGAAGUCCUCUGAAGCCCCUCACUUUCCACACCCGAGUCUGAGUGUCCUAUCUGCUCCCUAGCACCUACAGCCACCCCAGAGCAUGCUUCUCUCCACCCAGAGCAUGGUUCUUCCUCUCUGGAAUCUAAGCUCCUCAGGGCCCGUGAUAUAUUGGUGUGUGUCAUUACAGCCUAGCAAAAUGUCUGCCACAUGGCAAUGAUCAAUAAUUAUUCAUUGAAGAAUGAACGAUCCAUCUUAUAGAUGAGUAAUAUUUGUAGAUGACAUUUUGAUGGUGUUUUAUAAUUUAUAAAUGACACCUGCAUAUUUUAUCUUUUAGUUUUAAAAAUAACCCUGUAAGCUAAGUGUUAUGAUCCUCAUUUCGCAGAUGAGGAAACUAAGCUUAGAGACAGAUUGAUUUACUCUAAUGCAUAGGAAAUGUGACUGUCUUGAUUUGAAAGGAUUUUUCUGGCAUGAAGUCUGAUUUCUUUCCAUUUAUCCUCACUGGCCUGAUGUGCUACGGUUCAUGGGGUCACAAAGAGUUGGACACGACUGAGCGACUGAACUGAACUGAACUGAAUCCUCACUGUGGUGGUGAAGAUGAAACUUUGUAAUGAGAAGAGCUGGGGAAGAACAUGUCUCUUAGGUUCUUUUUAAAAAAGGGGGUGGGGACUUCCCUGGUGGUCCAGUGGUUAAGAACCUGCCUGCCAAUGCUGGGAACAGGGCUUUGAUCCCUGGGCCAGGAAGAUUCCGCAAGCCGAGGGGCCACUAAGCCCCUCGUUGUUGUGUCGCACAGCUACCGAGCCUGUGCUCCAAAGCCCAUGCCAUAACUAGAGAAAGCCCACAGCACUGAAGAUCCAGCACGGCCACAAAUAAACAGAUAAAUAAAAAUUUAAAAAUACA